AUGGACUCCGCCGCCGCAGUGACCAUGGACAUCAAGCAGGAGGAGCACGAGAUGGUGGUGCUGGAUGACGACAACGACGGUGACGCGGGCUGCUGCCGGGCGCCGACGCCGCUGGACCUGGCGGCGGCCGCGGCGGUGGCGCCGUUCCUGGCCAAGACGUUCGACAUGGUGGAGGACCCGGCGACGGACGCGGUGGUGUCGUGGGGCGCGGCGCGGAACAGCUUCGUGGUCUGGGACCCCCACGCCUUCGCCGCCCGCCUCCUCCCGCGCCACUUCAAGCACGCCAACUUCUCCAGCUUCCUCCGGCAGCUCAACACCUACGGAUUCCGUAAGGUGAACCCGGACAGGUGGGAAUUUGCCAACACGGGCUUCCUCGGCGGGCAGCGCCACCUCCUGGCCGGCAUUCGACGCCGCCGCGGCGCCGACACCGCCCGCCGUCCCGCUGCGGCCUUGUCGCCGUCGUCGUGCGCGGAGGGCGCCGGCGGCUUCGGCCCCGUGGAGGGGGAGCUGGAGCAGCUGCGGCGGGACCGGGAGGCGCUGAAGCGGGAGCUGGCCGGGCUCAAGCGGCAGCAGGAGGAGGCGCGCGCGACACUGCUCGACAUGGAGCGCCGCAUGCAGGGCACGGAGCGGCGGCAGGAGCAGUGCAAGGCCUUCCUCGCGCGCGCCGUCAGGAACCCUGCAUUCCUGGCCAACCUGGCGCGCCGCAACGGCCUCACCGCGGCGGCUCCGGCCCCCGCUGUCGACGGCAAAAAGAAGCGGCGGCUGCUCGACGUCAUCCCGUCGCCGCCACCGGCGGAGGACGGGUUCACCUUCGAGGAGCUGGCACUCGCGGCCGGGGUCGUCGAGGAAGCAGCCGCGCCGACCCAGGGCGCGGGCGCGGGCGGCGUCACGACGGACAUGAUAUGGUACGAGCUGCUCGAGGAGGGGCAGGCGGAGAUAGACGUUGAUGUGGAGGACCUCGUGGCCGCCGCGGGGGACAUGGAGCCGUGGGGGUUCGGCGAGGAGGAGGAUCCGGAUGAUGGAGUCUGUCGGGAUGCAAGGUGUGGAAGGGGGUGACAGGCAGUCAGUAUGCUCCGGAAGUUCAGAUGCUUUUAGGUACCGUCGAUGCAUCCAUGUUCAUUACUUGUA